UGCGUUUCCUGUCCUGCAGGGAAGUUUUCAAGCGAAGGAGGAGAGUGCUUUGCAUGCGACUGGGGCAAGUACAGCUCUGCAGGAGCGACAGCAUGUACAAACUGUGAGUCAGGGAAGUUCAGAUUCUGGAUGGGGGGAACGACAUGCAAUGACUGUCCCGUAGGGAAGUUUGGAUUACAGACUGGAGCAAGGUGGCCAGAUGUUUGCGUGAACUGCAGGCCAGGAACGUACUCUAACGCCAGCGGCUCUACCUCUUGUGCGGAGUGCGACGCGGGAAAGUUCAGCACAACCCCUGGUGCUGCGAGUAUCGACACAUGCUCUUUGUGCCCAGUUGGA